GAAGUUGUGGCGUUGUUAGGCUGGCCUUAUGUCUCUCGAGGGCCUGGCCAGGUGAAGGAAGAUGGCGGAGAGCGGCAAGACGAAAAGUGGCCCGGCGGCUCCUCCCAGCGGCGUCGGCGCUGCUGCUUCGGCUGGGGGCGCCGGCAAGGCCAUGACGGCGGAGCAGGUACCGGGGAGGGGCGAGGAAAGGGAGUGCCUUUGAGCAUGUGCAGAGUUCCCCUUCCCGGGAGGAGAUGCGUCAAGUCACGACGUCCAACAGCCCGAACCCGUAGCCCGCUUUGGCCUCCGCGUGUUUCGCGGGAGGGUUUCUGAGCAUGUGCAGAGCGAAGGGUGCCGUUAUUAGGGGUGGCGCCGCUCCUGUGGACGUUGUAGUGGUGGAGAAAAGACACUCGGAAUCUUUUUAACUUUUCCUCCGAGCAGUCCUAAUAAUAAUAAUAAUCACCACCAUCAUCAUUGUUGCAAUUUUUUACCCACCUUUCAUCCCAAGGCCCUAGGACGGAUUGCAACAAUUAAAACAAUAUCAGUAUUAAAGCACAAUAUUAAAAGACAGGUUAAAACAACAUAGAUAUGACUCCCAAUAGGAAGGAAAAGCUUCAGCUACUUAGGCAUUCAGGUUACCUGUAAUUUAAACGCAUUAUAGCAAAGUAUGGAAAUCAAUAAAUAUGGUUAUAUGAUGCUGGAAGAAAAUGAAAUUUUCUAUCACGGACUGACUGGCCGAAACUAAAAUUAUACUUAUUCCACCAGCCCAUAAGUCCAAAUGGCAAAGAAAACAACAUAGUCAUAUUUCAAUCAGACCAACGAUGCAUUAAAAAAAAUUGCUGUUUGUUCACAGAACUGUUGGAGGAUGGGGAUUCCAAAAUCUAAACUGCUAAUAAAACACAUGUCAACUUAGCACAUGACAGACAUAAUAUUUGGCAAUAAGGGAAUUCAGUGGAGCAGGUUAACGAACUUAGAAGUAAAUGGUGUCCCUAUAAAAGUAAUACAUUUUUUAAAAAAUCUGCUCUUUACAUUCACAACUUUCAAGUUUUUGGUCCCAGGCCUCUCACCCAUUAUUCCAUUACAGUUCCACCCAGUUUUCAAAAAUAAAUAUAGAGACCAUAAUACAGUUAGAUACCUGAAAAAACGCACAAUUGUAUUGUCUGAAAUAAUUUUUACAAAGAUGGACAACUGCUUACCAUUAAUGAAAUGCAAAUUCAGGUGGGAAAUGUUCAAAUAUGUCCUUUUUAACUAUGUAUGUAUGUAUGUAUGUAUGUAUAUAUGUAUUAUACUGCCCUUCAUCUGAGGAUCACAGGCUGGUUUACGAUAUAAAAGCAUAAGAAAUGCAUAACAUAGUAACAAACAAAAACAAUACCAUCCACAAUCUUCCCUUUCCAGUUUAAAAGGCCAUACAAACCAAACAUUUCUCCCACGUGUUAGAGAGGAUGUCCCAUUAGAGGGACAUAUCAACACAUGUGGUGAGGGUGUCCAAAAAUUGAAAAGUUCUGGGAAAAUUAUUUACAGAAAUAUCUUUUGUCACAAGGCAGACAACCCCCAUGACCCCAGGACUUGUAUAAUCACAAUAUGUUGCAAAUUAAAAGCAAGAUCUCAUAAUACAUCUAUUAGCCACUGCAAGGACAGCCAUUGCUAGGACAUGGAAAUCAUCACAGUUAUUAACUAUGGACCAAUGGUAUUAUGCAAUUUGUCAAACAACAUUAUUUGAAAAAGUGACACAAAAAUUAAAAUUAGCAAGAAGCCCAAAGAAGCAUGACAAUUUGUAUGCAGUAUACACAAAUACUGGGGCAUAUGGCAAAACAGUACCAAUAUAAUUUUGGUAUAUAUAUUUUGACACAAUUUUGUUACUAUAUUCAGAAAUGCUUUUCUGAGUGUUUAUUGUUUAAUCUUUAUUUUUAUAUAAUUUUUGCAUGCCAUAUCCUCUAAUGUAAAUGUAUAUCUCAAUGCAACCAUGUUAAACAGUUUAAAGAUGAACAUUAAUAAAAACUAUCUUGCCAAAAAAAACCCCAAACAAACCACCCUUAGGUAUGGCGUACACGUUUUCUUUUCUCAGUUGGUCUAAUCCUAGGGCUGUGGGAUGGAAUGAUUUGAAAGUCCAGAGAUCCAUGAGCAAAAUACUCCACCUUAGCAGUGAUUCAGGAGGGUUUAGGUAGGAAUGGUUGUGAUGUAUACUGCAGCCUCAGUUGGCAAUUCAAGUAAAACAUGGCAGGUUUCUAACCCCAAGGAACCUUAUAAUCUAAAGUAUGAGAGUGGGGAAAGUAAAAGCAGCAAGGGCCAAUGUGAAUAGUCCCUGUGUCCAUGCUAACUUGGUUGUGGCUGGUGCAAGCCCUUGCCUGCUGUGACUGACCUUUCUCCCCUUCUAGGUGGUAGCUGGAUUUAACCGUCUGCGUCAGGAGCAGCGAGGUCUAGCCUCAAAGGCAGCUGAGCUGGAGAUGGAGCUGAAUGAGCACAAGUAAGCAGUGGAUUUGAACAUUGUUCCCCCUGCUAAUUUUGGAUAUUGCUGCUUGGUGGUUUUGCAGUUUUCUCUGUUCUUGCAAGCAGCCUUGCAAAUAGAAUUGAGAAAAAACAUCAGAAGAGUCUGGCUGGUGGAUCAGGCUAAGGGGGAGGGGUCUAGUCCAGCAUCCUGUUGUCACAAUGGCCAACCAGAUGCCUCUGGGAAGCUUGUAAGCAGGAACAAGAUGCAACAAUACUUUUCCUACUUGUGCACCUCAGCAAGUGUUACUCAGAGGCAAACUGCCUCCAAUGGCGAACAUAGCCAUCAUGGCUAGUAGCCAUUGAUACCCUUCACAACUUCCCCACAACCACCCAGUGAACUUUGCCUUGUUUGUAUCUUUGAACGAAAGUGCUCCCAAUUCAGAGUUUUGACUGCUAGAUUUGGAAAUAAUAAAAUAGCAGCACAGCGAUGUGUCAUGUCUUUCCCUGCAGUCUUGAGGCUGUUGGUCACAAGUAUACUUCCUGGCUGUGUGGAUUUCUAGAUCCUUUGAUACUGUCCUUAUCAUAAGCUGGUGUACAAUGCUAAGAUAUUCUGCCUUUCUUCCACUUUGCAGGCUGGUAAUUGAAACACUCCGAGAAGUGGACCCUACUAGGAAAUGUUACCGGAUGGUGGGAGGUGUGUUGGUAGAACGCACUGUGAAAGAAGUUCUCCCAGCCUUGGAAAAUAACAAAGAGCAGGUAAUGCCUCUGCAGACAGUGGGCAGACUCCCUGCUUCUCCUUGGAACAGGGAAUGCCAUUAGCCUCAGCAAUACUUGCCUUUAGUUAUCAUGGCUAAAACUAGGGAGACCUAGGUUUGAAUUCCUGUUCAGCCAUGAAACUCAGUGGGGGUAAGUCACCUUGGGUCGGUCACCUUCUCUAAGCCUAAUCUACCUCACAGGGUUGUUGUGAGGCAAAAGGAGGGAAUUAAGUAUGCCAACUAAAUUCACUGAUAAUAAGGUGCAUAUAUAUAAGGAAAGCUAAUGAUAUAUAACUGAUUGUCAUUUCUGGCAUCUGAAGGCUAGAAAGAAAAGUAAGACCCAGCGUUUUUGCAGUUUACAAGACCUUCUCUAGCUGCUUGCCUGCUGCAGAUUUUUACUCACCAAAGGCCAUAGUGUGAGUGGAAGUUAAUGAACUUCACAUAAAACAUAUUGGUCUAUCAUCAGUAGAUCACAGUAGAGUUUGAGACUCUUAAUCUCAGGGUCAUAAAUUCAAGCCCAGCGUUGGGCAAAAUAUUCCUGCAUUGCAGGGGUUGGACUAGAUGAUCCACAGGGUCCCUUCCCACUCUACAAUUCUAUGAUUUUAUGACUUGUUUUUAAUAUAUAUAUAUAUAUAUAUAUAUAUAUAUAUAUAUAUAUAUAUGCAUGCUGUUUUCAAUUCUUUUGUUUGCCACCAUUUGUCAUUCUUGGCCACUGCUGAAGAAUAAGUGAAAAGUAAUCAAAUGUCCAGGUGUUUUUGUGUGAGUAGAGAUUCUUCAUUAUGCAACUUGGUUAUAUUUCUUUCCUGCUUCCACUGCUACCCAAAUUCUCAGAGAGAAUGUGAAAACAAUAAUAAUAAUUAAUAAUAAUUUAUUAUUUAUACCCUGCCCAUCUGGCUGAGUUUCCCCAGCCACUCUGGGCGGCUUCCAAUCACGUGUUAAAAACAAUACAGCAUUAAAUAUUAAAAACUUCCCUAAACAGGGCUGCCUUCAGAUGUCUUUUAAAAAGAAGAUAGCUGCUUAUUUCCUUCACAUCUGAAGGGAGGGCGUUCCACAGGGCAGGCGCCACUACCGAGAAGGCCCUCUGUCUGGUUCCCUGUAACCUCACUUCUCGCAAUGAGGGAACCGCCAGAAGGACCUCGGUGCUGGACCUCAAUGUCCGGGCUGAACGAUGGGGGUGGAGACGCUCCUUCAGGUAUACAGGACCAAGGCCGUUUAGGGUUUUAAAGGUCAGCACCAACACUUUGAAUUGUGCUCGGAAACAACUCAGUCAUGACUUGGGCCCAGGCUCCCUGAAAGAUCAUGUCUCCCUAAGAUCCUUAGGUGAGCCCCUUCUCUCAGUUCCAUCAACUUUGCCACCCUUCUGCCCUCCAGAUAUUUUGCAGUACAGCUCCCAUCAACCACUGCAUCGUAACACAAUGCUGGCUGGCACUGAUGGGAGUUGUAGCAUUGCGUAUGGAAGAGCUGUUCUAGAUAGUGAUGUGUUAAAUGAUGGUGCUGGAAAACAGCAGAAGGUUCCCAGACUGUGGUCUGUGGCCCACCAGUGGCCCCAAAACUUCAUUCAGAUGGCCUACGGUGCAUCUGUAAAAAUACAAAUGAAAACCAUACAGCAUCUAGCACAGUAAAUUAUAAUUGCUACAACAGGCAGAAAAAAUCAUUUAAGUAAUCCACCAAGAUCCUCAAGCAAUUUUCAAGUGCUCCAUGAGGGGGUAAGUGGGGAACUGACUGCCUUCUAUUUACUUUAGCCUUUGACACUUAAGAUGUGUAUUUUCACACCAGGCCCUGUCACCUCUUCCUGGGCUACACCCCCCCCCACUCCAUGCCCUCCUCCAGUGCUCUUGCCUGACUGGAAUGUGUCCUUGAACCCUGUUCAUGCCUCUUUGCUGCCUGGAGGGAGGAUGGAGAGAGAUACCAUAUUUUUCGCUCUAUAGGACAAACAUAGGAGGGGGAGAACAGGGGGGAAUUUUUUUUUUUUAUUGUUCUCCCCCUCUAAAACAAGGUGCGUUCAAGGUGCAUUCACCCAAAGCCUCCGGAGCGCAGCGGGGGUUCCCGCUGCGCUCUGGAGGCUUCAGGCGGCUACCAUCCCCAAGCUAGAACAGCAAGUCUGUCUCGCUGUUCUGGAUUGGGAACAGCCUUUCUAGCCUCUGCAGGGCAGUGGGGUGUCUUGACCCCGCUGCCCUGCAGAGGCUUUGCGCGCAGCCAUCCCCAAGGUAGAAGAGUGAGACGGAGCCCUCCGUCUCGCUGUUCUGGCUUGGGAACAGCCUUUCUAGCCUCUGCAGGGCAGCGGGGUGAAGGCACCCCGCUGCCCUGCAGAGACUUUGCGCACAGCCAUCCCCAAGCUAGAACAGCGAAAAGGAGCGCUCUGCAGCGCUCCGUCUCCCUGUUCUGGCUUUGGGCUUAGCCGCGCAGCCUGCAUUCGCUCUAUAGGACGCACACACAUUUCCCCUUAAUUUUUGGAGGGGAAAAAGUGCGUCCUAUAGAGUGAAAAAUACGGUACAGUGGUGCCUCGCAAGACAAAAUUAAUCCGUUCCGCGAGUCUCUUCGUCUUGCGGUUUUUUCGUCUUGCGAAGCACGGCUAUUAGCGGCUUAACGGCUUAGCGGCUUUAAGAAAAAGGAAACAAACUCGCAAGAACUCGCAAGACGUUUCGUCUUGCAAAGCAAGCCCAUAGGGAAAUUCGUCUUGCGGAACGACUCAAAAAACGGAAAACUCUUUCGUCUAGCGAGUUUUUCGUCUUGCGAGGCAUUCGUCUUGUGGGGCACCACUGUAUGUAUGGAGUGGGUGUCAAAAGUCUCUUGUGUUUUCAGUCUACUGUAUAAAGAGAAGAGUCAUAUCCAUUGUGCUGCCCACUUUUCACUCUGGCUUCACCCGCUCCUGGAAGGUUGCCCACAACAGAAUUCUUAAAAGAGAUUUUUGAAAUGUCAAGACGGUUUAUAAAUGCCUUUAGAAUGGAUAAAUAAAUGCAAAGUGAUCUUGGGAGGAUGUCGGGGAGCUCAGAGCCCUCAUUUGCCGCUCCCCAGAUAAAAUGUUCCAUCUUUCCCGUCCUGACUCUCCUUCCCUGUUUGCAGAUCAACAAGAUCAUCGAGACCUUGACCCAGCAGCUGCAGACGAAAGGGCGGGAGCUGAACGAGUUCCGGGAAAAACACAACAUCCGCCUGAUGGGCGAGGACGACCAGAAGGCUCCCUCCAAGGACAGCGCUGAGGGGUCAGGCGGCAAGGCCAGCUCCACAGGGGUCCUCGUUUCCUAGUGGGUGCAGCAGCCGUCUCUCAAAGGACUUUUUUACCGCCUCUCGCUCUACAGUUGUGGCUCUUGACCUCAAAAGGCUUAACUUUAUUAUUAUUUUGGUGUCAACUCUGACAAUAUUUUUUGUUAAAUAAAACUUUUUGGUGUGUCACAU